CUGAGUGAAUGGCCACACGGACACCUUUGACCUCUGACGGUUACAGCGCUCCUCUGGUCGGCAUGGAAAUAAAUCCCGGAAACAGACGGUGCAGUGCGGGCUUCACAGCAGGAAGUACAGGAACAUGGCGCAUUACCGGGCAGGCGAUUCCCGAAGAGAACAAUUUCGUAGAUACUUAGAAAAGGGUGGUGUGUUGGAUAUGCUUACAAAAGUGCUGGUCGCCCUCUAUGAGGAGCCGGAGAAGCCCAACAAUGCAAUGGAUUUCUUGAAACAGCAUUUGGGAACAGCAGGCCCUGAGACUGCAGAUGUAGAAACACUACGACUUGAAGUGAUAGAACUGAGACAGAAAUACGAGUUACUGCUGGAGGAAAAUAAGGAAUUAAAAGCUAAGCUUGCACAGUUUGAACCCCCAAAAGAGGAAGGGCAACCUGAAUAAUAAAUCAAGACUUUCCACAUCAUUGGAAGAAUGCAUGAAAGGGAUCUGAUAAAAUCACCUAGCAAAUUAUAUUGAGUUUGGGGAAUUGACUCCUAUUCAGGGGAAGAAAAUGGUUUGAAAUGCAGCCAGUCCUUUAGGUUACACAUGCCAAAUAAAUUGCCACUUUCAGCUGACCACACUGCACUAAUACCACUGUUGUGUGUUUCUCCAGUGCAGCAUUAGGAAUUAGACACUGCAGCAGGGUAAAAAGAAUGCAUUUAACACUCAUUUUAAACUUUGGGAGAGAGCUGUACUGAGCAGAUUAGGAAACAUUAUUUGUGUUGCUUCCUUGUUAGAUUGGGGACAAGGGGAGGAAUAAAACAGGCGUUAACGACUUCACGUCACUUUUGGCCAAUGGAGCUGGCACUGCAUUAUCUGUUCACAAGCCACCCUGAACAAGUGUUACCGUUGUUUGGAAAUUGAUGGUAUUCAAGUUGAAAUAUGGGCCUCCUUGUUGGAUGGUUUCUUGUCAUCAUGCCCACAGCCUGGAGAAAAGCUAAUGGUGAUCCACUGACAAAAUGGUGUGCAGUGGUGUCUUGGAGCAGCAGCAGUAGUCUUAUCAUCAGACUGCACCAUUAGUCUGAAAACAGACCUUAUUGGCUCAUAACUACACAAGUCCUAUUGUUAUUUCUAGUUGUACAAGAGUUCAAUGUUCCCUUUUUGUAUUUACUCAAUAAAUUCUCUUUGCGCAUCA